UUGUUGGAACCUCAGUGGAUGGAAGGUAUCGUGUGAGACAGAGGCAUACGUACAUUCCUAGAUUUACGGACUUGUUUUAUUUUGACGUUGUAAUCAGUAGCCUAUUCCUUUAAAUAUCACGGGCGACACAACAGGAUCAUCACACAGUAAGAGGAUGAUGGCUCCUCACUGGCUGCUGUUGCUGUCCCUCUCGCUGGGGGUGAUGGCGGUGCCCAUUGACCGCAACCCUAAACAGCAGGAGGUCCAUCCCCCUAAGGAGGAGAUACCAGAGGAGAACGCGGAUACGGGGCUGUAUUAUGACCGGUAUCUGAGGGAGGUCAUUGAGGUGUUGGAGACAGAUCCUCACUUCAGAGAGAAACUGCAGACAGCCAACACGGAAGACAUUAAAAGUGGUCGUCUGAGCAAAGAACUGGACCUGGUGGGCCACCAUGUAAGGACCAGGCUGGAUGAACUGAAGAGGCAGGAAGUGUCCCGUCUAAGAAUGCUGCUUAAAGCCAAAAUGGACAGCACCAACACACAGAGUGUGCAAAUGGAUCACGCAUCACUUCUAAAACAGUUUGAACACUUGGACCCUCACAACCAGAAUACAUUUGAGGCCAAAGACCUGGAGCUUCUCAUUGCUACGGCCACCAAGGACCUGGAGAACUACGACGCAGAGCGCCACGAGGAAUUCAAACGCUACGAGAUGCUGAAGGAGCAUGAGAGGAGGGAGUACCUGAAGGGCUUGGACCAGGAGAAGAGGGAGAAGGAGGAGAAGAGGCUGGAGGAGAUGAAGGAGAAACACAGACAGCACCCCAAAGUCAACGCCCCGGGUAGCGUUGCUCAAUUGCGGGAAGUAUGGGAGGAAACGGACGGUCUGGAUCCACAAGAGUUUAAUCCCAAGACCUUCUUCAAACUGCACGACACCAAUGGAGAUGGCCUGUUGGAUGAGCAAGAGCUUGAGGCUCUCUUCACCAAAGAGCUGGAGAAGGUGUAUGACCCAAAGAAUGAGGAGGAUGACAUGAUGGAGAUGGAGGAGGAGAGGCUGCGAAUGAGAGAGCAUGUGAUGAAAAAUGUGGACCUCGAUCACGACCGUGUGGUCAGUCUCGAGGAGUUUCUCAAGUCGACAGAGAAGAAGGAAUUUAGCAACCCAAAGGAGUGGGAGACGCUGGACGACACCAAGCCCGUGUACACCGAGGAGGAGCUCCUGCGCUUUGAGACCGAGCUCCGGGACAAGGAGGCGGAGCUGGGCAGGAAGGCCGAGAGUCUGAGGCAGGAGCAGGAGCUGCUGAAGGAGAGGGGCAAAGCGCUGGAGGCCCAGAAGAGGGAGUACCAGCAGGCCGUUAAGGAAAUGGCACAGAGACAGAAACAGCAGCAGGAAACGAAGGAGCAACCCCCGUCGGGACCUAACGGGGAGCUACAGUUUCAGCAGGGAUUAAAGAACCUCCAGCAGGAUGAGCCAGUUGGGAAAGUACCUGUCGAGAACGAACCAGAGGUCCAUAACAACCUCCAAGCCGAGCCGCCACAGAACCUUCCGCAGCACACGUCUUAACGCCGCGCCGAAUCCGAGUCAGAAUUCGAAUCCGCUCCUUACUGCACAUCCUGUCUCUCCACAAGAGGGCCCAGCACACUGUCCUAACGCCCCACCUCCUCAGCCUCCCUCUCCCCACACCAAGCCUCCUAUUCGGUUCUGCUGCUUUCCACACGCGUCACAUGAUCUCCAACAGGUUGUUGCUGCUCAUGCUUGACCCAUAAUGCACCUGUUACAUAAAACAUAGAGCUCCCUGCACACAUUUUGGGUGCGGUCUUGCCUGCAUUUGUUUUUGGGUGAGAUAUUCAGAUGGCUUCUCCUUCGUCAUACCUCAACACAGUGUCUUAUGAGUGUCAGCAUACGCAUGACAUAACAGCUUACAGUGUGUGUGUGCGUGUGUUGUUGGAUGCCCCCCCCCCUCCCCCCACAUACCAUACCAUCUUCUGUUCCUCUUGCUGUCGGUUAGCAUAGGCUACUUUGGCCUUAUGGUCUGCAUGAUGUAGCACUACCUGCACAUUCCCCGAAAGGCUUUUGUGGGCAAACGGUGUCUCUUUACUGACUGCUGUGAGUAGAGUGGCUUGCGCUGUUUGCAGUUUAAUCACAAUGUCCUUGAGAUUAAUGUCCUUUGCUAUGAUUUCAAAUUGUCGUGUUGAAUGUACUGUAAAGGCAUUUUUUUUUUUUUAAAUCAUAAACUGUGUGUGAGAGUGAGAGUGUGAGUGUGUGGAGGUUUAAGAUUUACGUUUAGUUAAGUGACUUAAGCAUGUGAUUUUGUGAACAUGCUUCUUUUUUAGUUGUGUGCCUGUUUUGAUUUGUAGUGAACUGUGCCUGUAUGCAAAGGAGUGAACUAAUUUAUGGAGACUUUUAAAACAAUCAGGAGAUGUGGCGAUAGGUUUGAACUAGCCAACCAGGUGAAAUUACUAAAUAAAAACUGCCUUCAGCAAUAAAACAAAUAAAUGUGUUGUCAGUCUGACCCACAUAUGGUCUGGUGUCAUGUAAACAAUUGACUGUUGAGAAAUUAUUCUUUAACAGGCGGGCGAGGAUCAGUCAAAAUCUGACGCCACGUUCAAACCCGGGUUCUGUUCGUUUUUGUAUUACCCAGAAGGCUUCCUGUGGGAUUUGAAAUUCUUGUGAAUGUGUUUGAGCUUGCAGUGCUAGAUCCAAGCAGUGUUUUCCUCAUGGGAAAUAUUCACUAUCCGUUUGAAGCCCAACCAACAGGAUUUGAGCCUGGUAUUGUUCAGCCUAUCACCCAUUUGUCUUGAUGAUUUCAUUAGGGUUUUUUCCCCCUGUACUGUUUAUUUGCCAGAGUAUUUUUCAUUGUCAUGAAUCCAAGCGUACGGUAAACAGUGAAAUGUCAAUGGCAUUAAGGUUGUGAGACAGUUGGCACAAGACAAAUGCCAUUUUCUUUAAGCCUGUGAUUUUCGCUGUGCUAACAUCCAGAUGUACAGUAUGACAAGUGGUAGCAGUGCUUUUUAAAUCCACCUCAAUGGAGAGUUCAUAUCCUGUGGUCUAUUUGUAAAGUAUAAUAAAGGUCUCUGAUGGG